UAAAUAAAUAAAGGAUGCGCGCGUGUGAGUCCACCAAUCAGAUGCGCCGGUGGUGCGUCCUCCUCACAACGUGCCCGAAGCAAACUGUUUGAUUUACUCCAAGUGUCUAGAUUCGCUUCUCCAGUGAUGCGAGUGGUAAAUAUUGAUGAAGUGGAUGGAUGUCCAAUAAUAGGUGUACGAAUUCCUCGCUCGAGCUGCUCUGCGAACAGUUUAAUUAAAUAAAAUCUUAUGCUGACAAAAUAACAUAGUAAGAGUGUAGGCUAAAUUUUAUGUUGUUUUUACACAAAAGAGAUUUAUUCUGUAAGAGAUGGCUAUAAAUACGGACGCCCGUCACGCGACACAUGUCCUGCGCGAGAGCGCCGCGCUGCAGUCCACCGAUUUCGGAGAUACUCAGAAACUUCUUGACAUCUCAGACAAAGGGCUGAAGGGAGAUUUAAACCACACACCUUCUGAUACACACAUCGUUACGUCUCUGGACUCGGACAAGAACGAACAGACUGAUGAUAACAUUGACUCGGUGCCCUGCUCUCCAUCGCGGGUCAGUUUCAGCCGCGCGCCGUCGCCCACGCCCGGAGAGCGCGAGCCAAGCAGCUUCAUGUGGGUGGCCGUGAUCUCCUGCUUCUGCCUGGCCGUUCCAAUAAACCUGUUCGCGCUUUAUUUCGCGCAUAUGUCUCGGUCCAUGAUACAAGCAAAAGACUAUGAUGGGGGCAGAAGACUUGGACGUCUUGCUUUGUUGCUUAGUGUUGUUUCCAUUGUUGUGGGUCUGGCUAUAGUCCUUUAUCUAGUGAUGGCAGAGAUUAAGUAGUUGUGGACAUCCUACAUCCAAAAUUGAUGUAAAUGGGUAUUGGAGCUGAA